AGAAUUGUUCCAAGUGGUGACCUAUUCGGUACAAAGAAGUUUAAAAGGACCAUUUCCCUCAAGCCUGGUUAAAGACAUUACAUUAAUUCAUUGGGCCACUAGCUUGAUUACAAAUUGGAAUACACAUCACCAAACUUUUAUUGUCCUGGUGAUAAAAAAAAAAGAUAUUACUGCAGCAUCAACAUGAAUACUGAGAGGUUAAACAAGUUAAACAUGCUGGUAUUCAAACAAGCCAACAUCAGAAAGAUGCAGGACGCUAUAAAAAGUCUGUUUGACAUCUUCCAUGAUAUACUGGAGAAAGAUUUUGAUUAUGGUGCAUACUAUUGUGCAAGUGAAAUACUACAAAGGUUACAGGGUGUGGACCAGAAAUACUGGAAAGAUAUUCGUAACCUGUAUUUGCAUGAUGAGUAUUAUGGUUAUAGUGAUGGGAACUUCUCUGACGAUGAAAUGAACAAUCCUGCCAAGUUAAUUAUGGAUAUGUUAUCUGUACUGUGUAAAUGUAAAGAUGGAGUCAUGGAGAAAGUGGAGCAAAAGACCCAGGAAAUGCAGCAGUUGGAAGCUAAACAUGAUGAAAUGAGAAAUAAAACAACUGAUUUGUAUCAACAGUUACUGGACGAGAAGAGGGAGAAUGCUGAUAGAAAGAUGGAAUUUGCUAAGUUACAGGGAAAAGUUAACCUAAUGGAAAGAAUGGUGGAAGAGAAAACAAAUAAAAUCACAGAGCUACUGAAAGACAAAACUGUGCAACUAUCUGUAAAAGAAAAGGAGAAAUUGUUAGAAAAUGCAAAUAAAAAGAUUGAUGAAUUAGAGGAAGAAAUAAUGGAGAUGAAAGCCAGUAAACAGAGAGCUACACGGAGGAUGUCAUGUAUAGAUGAUCAAAACAAGAUUUUAAAAUUAAAACAAGAAAGAACAAGCUUUGGAGAGGAUUGUGUGGAUGGCGACUUAGGAGGUUCAGAUGAAGUACAACAAUUAAAAAGAGAAAUCUAUGUAAAAGAUAAGGAUAUAGCACAUUUAGAGGAUCAGUUUUACUCAGAACAAAAAGUAGUCUUGGGUAUAAUUGGUGGGAUCAGAACUGAUGUCAAUAUUUUGAGUGAAAAGUUUUACAUAGAAGAAGAACAUAUAAGAGAUCCAGACUUUGUUAAAUUGACAAAAUACAUAGACAAGAUUUAUAAUAGUGCUACUGAGGGAAGGCUUGCUAUCAUAAAGAACAUGUUACCACCACAUUAUACAUACUAUGACAAGGAACUUAAAGUUAGAAAAUUAAGAAGAUUGUCUAAAGCAGCAUCAGUACCUCAUAUGAUACCUCCAGACAUUAAUAGGACACCACUACCUACAAUUGGUGCUGCACUGGGAACCUUAGGUAGUAAGACCAGCAAUGGACAAAUUACCAGUAUACCAGAAACACCUACUCCAACAAGAAAAUUAGAUGUUGUUUGUGAGAAUCCAGUGAUAAUUAACCCUAGUACAGGUAGAAUCAACAGUAUGGUAUACCUCAUGCACUUCCCUCAUAUGGCACAAAAUUUUGUCCUAGAUCAUUGGAAAAAAUUUAAAGAAUAUGAUACAGAUAAUGAUUCAACAUUAGAUCUUCUAGAGGUGACAAAAAUUUUGCAAAACAUAGGCUGCCAGUAUACUCCAGACCAAAUUGAGGAAGCAAUAGAAGAAGUAGACAGGGACAAUUCACAUACACUGGACUUCUUUGAAUAUUUACUAGUCGUAGAUAAAAUCACAAAAAAAUCAGGAAAGGGUAAAUUAUUUCAAUCUGGCCUAAAACAGAAUCAGGAGGCAUCUAAAGCUUGUGUUAUACAGUGAAUGUUCAUUUCAGUAUUAGUGCUCAUAAGAGUAGAUCCCAAGAUAUCUGUGAUAAUAAGCCUGUUUAGUCGAAUCCCAUUAUGACUUGGUUAGAAAAGGAAGUUAACUUGCUGUUUGACAGGAGUUGUGUGAAAAAAUACUUACCUCAAGUAAACCAGAUAAUUUGGUAAAUUAUGAUUCACCCAGAUAACAACAGUUAUAUUAAACUCGCACAAAAGUACCAUAUCUUAUUCUGCUUAACUUUAAAAGACACUUUAUUUUAUCUUAUAAUGUUAAAUUCCAAUAUAUCAGAAAAUCAUUUUGUUAAACUACACAGAUAAUAAUAUCUUUAUAUUAUAAAAUAAUUUACUUUAUCUCUAUUUUGCCAAAGAUUUACACUCAAAUUCCCAGACAGUGUUUUACAAAGUAAGGUCAACUGCAUACAGACAAUUGUUUUCUUUGUCUGAAAAAAGUAAAAUAACAAAAAUACUGAACUCCAAAUAAAAUUCAAAAUGGAAAGUCCCGAAUCAAUUGGGCAAAAUCAAAAGUGCAAACACAUCAAAAGAAUGGACAAGAACUGUCAUGUUACUGACUGGGUAGAAAUGUAGAAAAUGGUAGUUUAACCUGGUUUUAUAGCUAGCUAAACUUCCCACUUAUGACAAUUGCAUAAAAUUCCAUUAUAUUGACAACAAUAAAGUAUUCAAUAUAUAAAUGUUAAGACAUUUUUGACAAUUUAAAUUAUUGUCAAAAAGAAAAUACAAAUUUUUACUAUUCCUUAAAGAUACAUUGGCAUUCAGAGCCUCACUGAUAAUGAAUUUUAGUAAAGAUUAUCAUUGAUAUUUACUGACCAUUUUAAUUAAUUUUCGUGGUGGAAUACCAAUUUUUGAAAUAUUUACUACCUGAUUAUAUCUCAGUUAGUCCAUUUCUUUUGGUAUUUUAUAAGAAGCAAAUCUAACUGUUGAUAAACUUUCCCACUUAAGGAUGGAGGUAUAAUUGAUGCCAAACAUGGCCUUACAUUACAUAUACAUGUACUUUCCAUUUGAAACUGACAAAACUAUUAUUGUUGUUUAAAGGUUUGUAAGGUCGAGGUAGUUUUCAUAGAAUGUGUUUUAUUUGAAUGUAUUUGUGAAGAAGGUAGUAUGUUUGGUUUGAAUGUAUUAUUACAAUGUUCCAGAUAGUUUUCAUAGAGUAUGUUCUGUUUGAAAGUAUUUUUGUACAAGGUAGUUUCAUAGAGCAUUUUUGU